AUGCGAUCCACGCCCCUCCUGGCCCUGGCUGCCACUACCUUGGCCGGGCACGUCGCCGUCCCCAUCACCCGCCACCGGCUCUCCCCCCCUCACAGCUCCAACUCGCGAAGGGACGAUGACGGCCGGGUCGAAUUGGAAGCGCUGAACAACAUCACCGGCGGUGGCUACUACGCCGAGUUCAAGGUCGGCACUCCACCUCAGUCUAUCAGCUUUCAGCUUGACACCGGAAGCAGCGACACCUGGGUCAACUCGGUCAACUCGGACCUCUGCACGAAUGCUGCAAAACAACGCAGCCAUGGCUUCUGCAUGACUCCAUUGGACCGCGGCGGUUUCGACAUCACCUACCUAGAUGGCCGCAACAUCAAAGGCUCCUACUUCAACGAUACCAUCACCAUCGGCAAUGACAAGAUCGAGAACCAGCAACUCGGUCUCGCCUCAGAGAGCGUCCGGCCCACGGGGCUCAUGGGUCUCGGCUUCAGCGCAAACGUCGCCGCUACGAUACAGUAUCCCACUGUCGUCGACAACAUGGCCAGCCAGGGGCUCAUAGAUACGCGCGCUUUCAGUCUGUAUCUGAAUGACCUAGAAGCCAACUCGGGAACGAUCCUGUUUGGCGCCAUCGACAGCCAAAAGUACAUUGGCGACCUGGCGGUGCUCCCGAUGUCCCGCGAGGCGGACAGCGCGUCGGCGAACAUCACGCUGUACAGCGUACGCAUCUCGGGCUUCGACCUGAAGGACUCUGACGGCGAAAAGUCCAUCGACAUACCCGACCUCGACUCCCUGGCCCUCCUGGACACCGGGUCGACCAUUUCGCUUCUGCCGGAGGACCAGGUCAAGAAGCUGUGGGAGAAGUUUAACGUGGUGGCCGUCCAGGGGUCGCUGACACCGUACAUCGACUGCGCGUUCCGCGGUGAGAAGGGAACGGGCUACGUCUUCGAUUUCGUCUUUGACGGCAAGACGAUUCAGGUGCCGAUCGAAGAGAUGGUUGUCGACGCCUUCGCCGACGUCCGGGACCUGUUCAAGCAGUACCUCGAGGUCAACGAAGGCCUCGGGGACGUCAUCGGCGACUGGGAGGGUGUGUGCAUGUUCGGCAUCGGGUCCACCUCCGACUUCGACAUCCAGUUCACCCUGCUGGGCGACACCUUCCUCCGUUCCGCCUACGUCGUCUACGACCUGGACAAUGAGCGUAUCGCCAUCGCCCAGGCCAACCUCAACUCGUCCGACACUAAUAUCGUCGACAUAGCUGCUGGUGAUCUGCCCAAUAUCACCGGUGUCAAGAGUGAGUCUUGUUCCCCCUUCUCUUCUCUCUUUUCCCCUCCCCCCCCCCCUCUCUCUGAAGCGAAAGUAUCCUGA